GUAACAUGCGGAUUGCGGCACCUCAGACUCGCGGUUCGCUUCAACAGCGACAGUAGCACUUAUCUCCUCUGCAACGGUGAGUGAUUCAGAACCGCGCUUUGACGUAUACCUGCCUCGAUCUAUACACUCUUACCGCUCUAUUAAAAAAAUUGGCGCUUACAAUGGGUUACUAGGAUCCUGGAUCGUAUGGAGGAGGAGCUGCGCCGCGUGGGCAUUGUGGCUCCGUCCGACGAGGAGGUGCCGUCGUCCGAGGGGACGGUGGAAUGGGUGUGGGAUCCGCAUCGCAGGAGCUAUUGUUACUGUUCUCUGGGGAACUAUGUGUAUAAGUACCAGACUGGGCUCUGGUUGAGGUUGGAUGGAUCGCCGACGAGUUCCUCGGAGGAAGCGGCGAGGAAGAGAGCGGUUGAGGAAGCGGCGAGAAGAGGCCCGCCUGCACCUCCUACGACGGCGGGCUGUGGAUAUGCGGAGGGCAGUACGAGCGGGAUGCGAUGGCUCACAACGGGCAAUGGUGAAGAUGGGCAGCCUGAUUGAGCGUAGAGGGGCGGGAAGGACGUGUUGUACCGACGGUCGAGGAGUAGGAUUGUGCGGCUGGGCAGGUAUGAAGACUGAGGAGUCCAGUGAUUUCAUGUGUGGAGUCUAAAGGAUACGGGACGGGUGUGAAUGUUUCUUGGGGCGUAGAGGGUUUGGCCGAAUGUCUGACGCUUUCUUGCCUGUUGUUGGUAGGCCGUUUUGACGCACCACAAGGCUUUCCGCAAUCUAUAUCUAAGUA